CCCGCGAUGAGCUCCCGCUUCCUGCUCCAGGCGCCUGCCCGUGGUUGUAAGCUUCAAGCACCACCUUGUGCAAUACAUACACCUACCAAUUGAACCAUAAAUACCAAUAAGCCCGCCCACUAUUGGAUACCUGCCACCUGCCUGACCCAGCGGCCAUACGCGUCGCUCUCCUCAAUCGCGAAUCAACCAAACCGAGCUUGCUCGCGAACCCCCUCCUCCCCCCACAACGAAAAUGGUGCACACCAAGGGCCCGACCCCGCAGCAGCACGACGGCUCGUCGCUGCGGAUCGGCAUCGUCCACGCCCGCUGGAACGAGGAGAUCAUCGAGCCGCUCCUCAAGGGGACCAAGGAAAAACUCCUGGCCUGCGGCGUCAAGGAGUCCAACAUUGUCGUGCAGUCGGUCCCGGGCUCCUGGGAGCUCCCGUUUGCGGUCCAGAGGCUCUACUCGGCCUCGCAACUCCAGACUCCCAGUAGCGGCCCCUCCCUGUCGGCCGGCGACCUCCUUGGCUCGAGCACGACCGACCUGACCCAGCUGGCCCCCGCGUCCGGCGGCCCGUCGACGGGGCCCUUUGACGCCCUAGUCGCCAUUGGUGUUCUGAUCAAGGGCGAGACCAUGCAUUUCGAGUACAUCGCCGAAUCUGUUUCCCAGGGCCUGAUGCGCAUCCAGCUCGACACGGGCGUGCCCGUCAUCUUCGGCGUCCUGACCGUACUCUCCGACGACCAGGCCAAGGCUCGGGCUGGACUCAUCAGCGGUAGCCACAAUCAUGGGGAGGACUGGGGUCUGGCCGCUGUCGAGAUGGGAGUGAGGAGACAAGGUUGGGCCGCGGGCAAGACGGAUUAGAUUUAUCAGAUAGAAAUAUACGCUGUCCGUGACGAAGCUCUAUACCGGCUCUUCAAGUAUUAUAUUAUAGGAGGCAGUCAUGUUUGCCUGUCUAUCAUGAGUCGUUCCUGUAUAAGCAGUCCAAUAUAUCCCAUCCUAUCUUCAAGCA